AUGUUCCAAUUCUUCAAUUUCAACUGGAAGUCUCAGGGAUGGGCAAUAUUCUAUUGUGCCGUGUCAGCAAUCGGCGCUCUUUGCUACGGGUACGACAACACCUACUACAACGGCGUUCUCGCCAUGCAGCAGUUCAAAGACGAUUACGGAACACACCGUAACGCAGACGGCAUCCUCGAGCUACCUUCUUCUUUUCAAGCAGUGACAGCCUCAGCGAUCUACAUCGGAGACUUGGUAGGCGCCAUCAUCGCCGCACCAGUCAACGAUCGAUGGGGUCGCAAAGCCACGUUCUGGCUGGCCUCAUUUUGCGUACUGGUUGGUGGUAUCUGUCAAGUCGCGGAUACAAUCUACGAAGAUUCAAUCAUUAUAGUUGGUCGGAUUCUGAUUGGCAUUGGAGUUGGCCAAUUCACCGUUACAUCCUUACUAUACAUUGGCGAGAUUGCGCCCUCCAGUGUUCGUGGACCGGCCUUGAUGUCAUUUCAAUUCCUCCAAUCCUGCUCUCAGUUGAUUGCUUCCUGUAUCAAUCAGGGCACGGCGAAUCUCAAGAAUAACUCUCUAUCUUACAAAAUUCCUAUGGGUGGCCUUAUUGUCCUUCCAUUGAUGAUGUUUGCUCUGUUGCCGUUUAUUCCAGAGAGCCCUGUGUGGUAUAUUUUCAAAAACCGCCAGUCGGAUGCAGAGGAAAGCUUUCGAAGGAUCAAUCGCAGUCAGCCAGACUACGACCCGACCGCCGAUAUGGCCGUGGCUAACAAUACCAAGAGAGUCGAGGAACAAAAUACGGAAUCCUCGUCCUGGAAGUCCUUGGUCACAGAUCCUGUCGAAAGAAGAAAAGUCCUGUUUUCAGCAGGAGCAAUGUUCAGCCAGCAAGUGUGUGGUAUUCUGUUUUUCUAUGUGUAUGGUGUGGUGUUCAUCCAAGCAGUCGGCAUCGAAGACCCUUUCCUCGUGCAAAUUGCCAUCAAUGUGGUCCAAAUCUUCGCCGUCGGUGCCUCGGUUGUCACAGCCAACAAGGUCCGACGUCGGAUUAAUCUUAUGGUUACCAACGGAAUGAUGCUCGUGGCUUUCAUUGUGAUCGGAGCACUUGGCACGACUCCGUUGACAAAAUCGUCGCAAUACGUCAUUGUCGUAUUUUCGUUCUUUGUGGUUAUCGGUUUCAACUUUGGUCUUGGGCCGUUGGCUUAUACUGUCGCUCGAGAGAUGGCAGUGGGCGUCAACCAGAACAAGAUCAUGUCAACUAGUGUCGUUGUGUUCUACUUCACCACUUGGGUGAUCUCCUUCACCGCGCCAUAUCUUUACUACGACGCUGGCCUUGGACCAAUGGUAGGGUUUGUAUAUGCCGGAACUACAUGUCUUUCCAUGCUCUGGACCUGGUAUUGUGUCGGUGAAACAGCUGGCCGCAGCAACUUGGAGAUAUCCCUCUUCUUCGCUGAGAACAUUCCGGUGAGGUCAUGGAGGGCGCAUAUUUUCCCGGAUGAUUCAUUGAAUGAGCUCAGCAUUUCCGAGGAGGAAAAAACCGAAAACAACGCAAAGGCUGAGCACAAAGAGUUUGAGGUCUGA